GUAAACUGUAAUCUUAAGCAGGGCUGCCGCUGCGACUGUCACACUAUUGGAUAUAUAACACUGUAAGCGUUGGUUUGAGAAAGUUUACUGUAGAACUGAGGCGGAAAUGAAACAUAGAACUUGAAGGAAUCAAUAACCAAGAAACGCUUUACAAUUUCAAACAAGUACAAACUAUCCGUCAUGGAGUUAACUUUUCUCUUCAGCAUUGCUAUGCUGUUCAGUUGUACUAUGGGAUAUAAUCUUGAAGGACGUUUACCUUUGUACAAAAGUGGUGGGACCAACAGUACAUUUGGAUUCAGCGUUGCUUUACAUAAACUUUCCAUUGACCCAGGGAGUUCGCUGGAGAAAAGCUUGCUCGUGGUUGGUAGCCCUACAGCCGAAGCCUUGCCAAGUCAAACAAAUGCUGUGAAACCUGGUGGAAUAUACCACUGCCCAGUUAGUACUAACUCUGAAGAUUGUACCCGAAUAGCCAUGGAUUUGGGCGAAUCCAGUAGAACUAACAACAAAACUGGGCAGUGGCUGGGCGUCAGUCUUAAAAGCCAAGGUGCGGGGAAGUACCUGAUAACGUGCGCCCAUAGACACUCAAUGAGAUUAUAUUCGAGAGUAAACGAAGUCGAAAGGCUCUGCGGGAAGUGUUUUCUUUUGAACGGUACUGAUGCGAACGGAUUGACCGAAAUCACACCGAGUGAUGUAGACAACAGAUUUAUAGCGUCUCCGUGCGACCAAUUACAACGAGCGAAUACGCUUUCCAAAAACAACUUGGGAUAUUCACAGAGUGGCGUUUCUCUGUCACUUAUAGACAACGAAUAUUUGUUGGGUGGACCUGGUAUGUGGUCAUGGACAGGCGGGAUGUUUGAUAUCCAGAUGGCAGAUCUGGAAGCAACGGAAGCUUUAGAUAUUUUUACAUCUUCUACGGCGAUGUACGAGACGCUGGGCUGUUACAAAAACGAAUUGGACCGCGGAAAAGUAAAAUGCGACAAUAUUCCGUUGCGAAGAGACAGCUAUUUGGGAUUUUCAGUUGCAUCAAGUAACGCAAUUAAACCUGGAGAAACAACGUACGUGGCUGGGGCACCAAGGGGCAACUAUACUGGUGCCAUCGUAAUGUAUCGAAAAAUAAGCGAUGGUCUUUCGAAAAGUCUUGCACCUAUACUAACGGAUACAAUACUUGGCGAAUUUAUUGGAUCCGGAUUUGGUUUUUCAGUGGCGACCAUUGAUGUAAAUGGAGACGGUCUGGACGAUUUAUUAGUUGGGGCACCGCAGUAUUACGAGUAUUCGAACGAGGGAAAACACGGAGGCGCAGUCUACGUUUAUAUAAACCAACGUGGUGUAGCUUUCAGUCAAAUCACACCGAAGAAAUUGUUGGGAUCACUGGACUCUUUCUUUGGUUAUUCCAUCGCUUCAGUUGGAGAUAUUGACCAAGAUGGCUACAUAGAUUUCGCGGUCGGCGCUCCACAGGAAAAACCAAACGGAAAAGUCUACAUUUUCCGAGGUUCCGCCGACGGCAACGUAAAGCAGUCGCAGGUAUUUAACGGAGCUAACUUUACCGAUAUCAAACCGGACGUCAAAGGCUUCGGCGUCUCAUUGUCCGGUGCAGUGGAUAUUGACAAUAAUAAAUAUCCUGAUCUUUUGGUCGGGACUUUAUCCGACUAUGUUGUGCUGCUACGGUCAAGACCAGUUAUCACAAUCGAGUCAAGCCUUUCUGCAAGUCCCACUAGUUUGGAUCUAAGAAAUCCGAACUGCACACUUGCUUCAAAGACAUAUUCUUGCUUCGAGCUUCAGUUUUGUUUCAGAUACAAUGCUCGACAUAAGGAAUACACGGAGAUACUGCCAAUACAUUAUAGCAUAACGUUGGACAGUGAGCUUCAGAAAGAACGAAAGGCUGCAAGAGUGGCAUUCGCUUCUCCCCAAGGACCAAGCCUUAUGAGUGACGUAGCCAAUGUUCCAAGAGCCGGUCAAUGGUAUUGUCCUGGUGGGAAGUACAAAGUUUUCUUCAUCGGUUCUGAAGAUCGUUUGCGACCAAUCAAGAUUGAUUUUGAGUUUAAUCUUGCAAGUGAGAUAAACGGUGUGAAAAGGGAGAGACCAGACCAACCAGUGUUCAACAUGAUCAAUGACCCGAUCAUGGACGCCGAUUUUCCGCAUGCCCGAACUUCUGUGGUGAAUCUUGCCAACAACUGUGGCGAUGACGGUUGUCAGAGCAAUCUCAAACUACGAGGUUCAAUUCCCCCUGAAGUCGUGGUCGGUCGAGACAGCAAAAUGCUUCUUUCUCUCAAUGUAACCAACGACGGUGAAGAGGCUCAUCAAGCUGUUGUAUCAGCUAAGCUCCCUGCUUGGGUUUACUACGAUAACUACACAGUAACUAGAUCCUCUGGAGCCGAGAUAGUGUGCACUACAUCCGACAUAGGCGGUUCUACAUUUGUUGUUUGCACUCUUGGGAAUCCGUAUGUUGAAGGCAGUGCAGAUACCAUUGAUAUAUUGUUAGACGUUCAACAACUAACUGCUGACACCAAACAGAUUGUGAUUGAGGUGACAGGAUCAACUACAAGCAUAAACCCGGAGAUCCCACCCACCCCACUCUAUUCCGACGUUAUAAUUCAAAUGAUGCUAUCUCUAUCCGGCUACGGCAAGCCUCAGCAGGUUCGUUACGUCAAUGCUCCAAUAAAAGGAGAGUCGGCAAUUCAUUAUACGAACGAGAUUGGACCGUUUGUUGAAUAUACGUUCACGGUGAAAAAUGACGGACUACAGCUGGCAAACGGAGUUCGUCUUAUAGUGGAUUUCCCUAUUGAAAUCAAUAACGGUAAAUGGUUAAUGUACCUUGUAUCUGCCCAUGUUCGAUCUGGAGGUUUACAAAUAGUUGGAGAAUGUGAACAACAGUACCAAAACACUUUACAUUUCAAAUUACCUGUCACUGCGUCCGUCAGCGCAGCCAGGAGGACAAAACGGGAGGCAAAAGCUUCAAGUUUGUAUGAACCACGUCGCUUAUCAUCAACGCAGAGUGGUUCGAAUUUCGUGACACUUGACUGUCAUGGAGAUACUGCGAGAUGCGUGAAAAUCGGCUGCACCUUAGAUCCUAUACAACCAGGGUCAACGACAUCGGUUAACUUGCAAGCCAGGUUGUGGAACAACACUUUCCUGGAGGAGUUUGUUGACAUCGACUUAGUGAACGUUGCAGCUUCAGCUACAGUUUCUAACAUUGAUAGCAACGUUCGAAUCACUGGUUCGCCCACCCACGAGGCACUUACUACAGUGGAUCACGCGUAUUUUGAAGUGUCAGUCAAGUCUUCGUUCCCAUGGUGGUACAUCCUUAUCGGCAUCCUAAUUGCUCUCAUCAUUUACAUUAUUAUCAUUUACCUUCUAAUCAAAUGCGGAUUUUUCAAGCGGAAGAAGUACCCCAGAAAUCAACAUCAUGCGCAAGACGACAACGGUGCUGCAGUGGCUGAAGAAGAAAAGGAACCAACGAACAGAGAAACGGCAACGUGAUAUCGCCGUGUGUAUGGGAUUAUAUAGGUUAUUGGGGGCAUUGCUUGACUCGUAUUUUAAACACAUGUGAAUGUGGUCCUUUAUUACAGCCGCAUGAGAUAACAUGUUGAUGUUCGUGAUAGAAUACUAUUACACCGAUGUUUUAAAUUUAUCAAACUUUGUCAACAUUUUCAAUUAAUGACCGCGAACGGCACUUAUUCAAUCAUUUCAACUGAGUUUUUUUUACUUAAAUUGAAUAUAUUAUUUAACCGCUUUAAAGUAAAGUAUAUAUGGUCGUUUUUAAAACGUUUCUUUUGCAUGCUUGGAAAGUAUUUUACAAUUUUAAAAAAACUUAGAAAUGAAAUUUUGUUUGGAGCAUCUUUUUGUACGUAACUAACAUAAAAUUGAAAUAAAAAUUGGUAACACCUGUGA